AUGACAAUGUUUCAUGACACGUUUUGUACACCUUCAACUUGCAACAGACUGAUACAUGACAAGUGCAUUAACAAUAUGAACGACAAUACCAAAAGCAAUAACAACAACAAAAGUGACGACAACAAUAGCGAUAACAACAAUGAUAAUAACAAUAAUAGUAGUAGCAGUGUCAACAAUUUACGAGUAGAUACUUUAUUUCGACCUAUCUUUGUACAACCACGAACAUCAAACUCUUCUUUGACUACUUCUUCUGCAACAUCCAUCAUCAGUAGUAGUGACGAUCUCUUUCAUUUGAAUGAUCAACGAUUACUUACUUGGAUACAACGUCAAUUAGAAUUCUAUGUAGCACUAUCGAUUCUACCAUGUCUUUCAAGUAUUGAUGAUCUGGGUCAUGGAAAGUUGUUACUAUGUUUGAUUCAUCGGUUUGCUCCUACCUCUGUUCCUACUCUGGUCGUGACUUUGGAAGAAAAAACAAGUAUUGAAUGUCUUCUCCUUGCUGAUGAUUUAGCCCAACGACUAUGGAAUAUCGCAAUAGAUUCGUUACCAAUCUAUUUAUAUCAACACAAACAGCAACAACAGACUAGCAACAAUGUUAUUAUCAGUGAUUACGUUGAUCAACUCAUUGCCCCUUCAGCCUGUUAUUCACCUUGUUAUUCUUCGCCAAAUGGUAGUAUUUUCAAUUCCAAUGAGCAAUCUACUACUGACAACGACAAAUACAGCAACAGGAAUAACUCAAACGAUCUACUGAAUUCACCAUUAGGAAUGGCUUUAUCAUCAUCCGACCAUAUUGACGAGGAGUAUCAUGCACGGCAACCUGCAGCAAUCAAUGCGGAUGCUCUCCCCAUUUGGCAACAACUGACAAAUGAGAAAGAUAAUAUCAUCAGCACAACCAGCACAAUCACAUCCACUACUACUACUACGACUAUAUCCAAUUUAUCCUCUUUAACCAGAUCUUGGAUAGCAACCACUCACCGAUCUAUUCAGCAUUAUUUACAUCAACCCUAUAUCACUUGUUUAUCUGCAUUACUAUUUAUAUUACAACAGCUGCAACGUAUUCAUGUGGAUUUUGCUCGAUUGCCUACAACCUAUAUUGAUCCUGACGUGAUGGCUAUCAACAACUUUGUCUCAUUAUCUCUUCAACUAUAUGAUCGAUUACAAACAGUGGGUGACCAUCUCAACAAAUUGACAAAGGCGGUGGCGGUGGCGACAGUCGACGAAAACGUGAACUCCUCUCCUACCAAAGAAGAAGAAGAAAACACGAUGGACUUGACUUUUCUUGGUGAUGUAUUGGUACAAAAACAUACAUGUCUUCUUUCUUGGGUGCAAGAUUCUCUCCGUGUCUUCCGGCAGUCAAACAAGGUACAAGAAUGGGUCUUUGAACAGCAGAUCAUAUUGGAUAGGGUCAAGAAUGGGAUCGAAAGUCAUGAUGAUAGUCAUCAUCUAAGUACAUUACAACAAGAAUUGGAUACUUGGCUGGACUCUGUACGACACUAUCGUCAAGAAGAUCAAGAUGUUUUGGCUUUGAUGGCACUUUGCUCUCGUAGUGGUAUGAAUCAUGCCACCACUACUUCGGCUACUAAGGGGACGGAAUGGGACUCGAUGGUGACACGUGUUACUUUGGCCACGGCAAUCAAGGCUUUGGAUGAUAUGGAUUCUUUGGUAUCAAGCUCAAAUGGUGUGGCGCAACAACUUGUAUGGAAACAGCGUUUAGUGAAAUGGGAAACAAUCUAUGCUGAUGCUAUGACAAUCCUACAACAAAUGAAUGACUCGAUAAUUUCUUUAGUUCAACAAGCAAAAUGGAAAUCAUCAAGUCAAGAAAAACAACUAUCUUGUACCACGUUGCUACAACAAUGGAGAAUCCUUGCGAAACGCGUGGCUGAUUUUGGCAACAAUCAACGAGAUAUUGCAGGUGUCUUAGGCAUGUAUCAUCAAGUACGAUCCAUGACUCAUUCUUCUUCUUCUUCAGCAAAAGUGGAAGCACUGGACUUGGCUUAUGAUAGUUUUAUUCGAAAAUUGGAUGAACUCAAACGAACUCUGACAUUAGCACGAUCAAGCAUCCAUCAACGACGUCAGUUAUUGGACUUUUUACGCCAAUACAACACGAUACAUAUCAAAGCAAUGCAAUUAGAACGACAGCUAGACUUCAAAGACAACGGCAAACAUCAAUAUAUUUGGGUACAAGAUCAAGUUCUGGAACUGGAUGGAAAUAUAUCUCAACUAGUGGUUCAAGGCACUUCCAUGAUGGUAGCAUGUAAUGAUGAUACAUGUGGCGAUGAUGACAAGAUAAUGGUGGGUACUAUUAUUCAAGAUUGGUUGACUAAUUUGGAAAAAUGGAGAGCAUCGUACCAUUCGACUUGGGAUACCUAUCUCUCACACUAUUCUCAAAACGAACGACGACAAAAUUUGGAGGACAUUCAUCGACAAUUAUGUUAUCAUAUCUCAGCAAUGGAAUCUUCUUUAUUUGAUCCUUGGAUUUGUAAAUUGGAUGAUCAACAACGACUUGAUCAUAUAUAUUCAUCACACAAGCAACGAUUAUUGAUUAUUCAAUCUACGUUUGACCUCUGGUGGAACAAAGAAAACUUGGGUCAAGAAUGGGAUAUGGUCAAGACUAUCAAGGAAGAUAUUGACAAAGGAAAACAACUUUUGAAGGAGUAUCAACAUUCUUUGGCUAUUGUAGAAUCGCGAUUGGAUUGGGAACAAAAAUGGACGGUGGCUAUUACUUGGACAAAGAAAAUGACGAACUCAUUGCAUGGUAUAGUGUCAUCAGCUACAUCAUCAACAGCAAAAGGCAACAAUGAAGAUGUUCAAGAUGGUGGUGAUUUUAAUGUUAUCCAGCAAAACAUUAUGACUCGCAAAGACCAUAUUGAUCAGGUACAUCAAGCUUUUGAUACUAUGAUGAAUCAUCAUCAAGGCAAAUCAACGGAACCAAUAGAGCGGCUACAUCAACGACAACAAUGGCUGAUUGAUCAAGUAGAUGAACUUUAUCGUCUUUUAGGUACAACUCGUUCAAUCAUGAUUCAAACAACAAUGAUGGAAGAAUAUAUGUCAUCAAUAGCCAAGGUGAACCAGUCAAGUCAAGUAUUGAUCAAACGCUUGGAUGAACGUCUUGAAGGACCAGAACGUAUCGAUGGCAAUCACAAGAAUGAUGAUAGUGAUAUCGACAACAUGGAUCAGGAUAUUCAACAGUUAGAAAUAUCAGUAGUACAACUUUGGCAACAAUCUGGAUGUCGUAUUCUGUAUCCUCUUACAUCCUUGAUGGUAGAUGAUCUUGUUCGUUGGAGAGUAUUGAACAAUUAUCGUGAUACUUUGGCAGCAAUGGUUCAUAUGGUGGAUGACUUGCAAUCAUGGAAAACAAGAUCCGCUUGGGAAGUUCAAUGGCAAAAUGACAUGGACUUGGUUCAGGAGUAUCAACAACAGCUAAGCACUUGGAUACAACAACAACAAGAAGAAGAAAAAAGUGGCUGUUCUUCAUUCGAUGAUGAUCAAGUUAGGAAAACUAUCCGGGCUAUUGAUGAUUACGAGGAAAACCAACUUGGCCAACUUGAACAACUCUUUAUUACUACCCAACAGCAAUAUCCUAGCAAUGUCAAAAUGCCAAUAGCUCUGAGCUCACAACAACAAUUACUGGUGAAGACAUUUAGUUAUGCCAAAGCUCUUGCCGAUCUGGUGACCUAUCUGCAAAUGGCGAAACAACUGGAACAAGAUUGUAAUACUCUACAUGCAACCAUGGAUGAAAAUGGACAAACAGUUACAGAGGAAGCAGUACAGAAAUGGAUGGAUCAUACACAGCAACACUUGGAUGGGCAACUUCUUGGAAAUUUACGUGACCAACAACAGAAGCUACUAUUGGCAACAGUGACAGUACCAUCUGGCAACAAUACUGGUAGUCUGUUGAAGAAAGAAAACAUACGAUUGGUUUUUGGCACAGCAGAACGUGGGAUCCAAGUAUUGAAACAACGAUUAUCGAUUUCUCUUAAAGCAAGUCAACAUGGACGUUUGAUGGAGGCGUACGAUCAAAGCAUGACUGUAUUGGAAUCAUCACUUGAAACACUACAAAAUGACCUUACGAUUUGUAUGGAUCAUCAUGGCAAGAUGACUCCUCCUCCUUCUUAUGUUGAUGAUAACUUGGCAAGAACAACACUGGAUUAUCAAGCUCAUGAAGAUGCUCUCUAUUCUCAAUGGAAAGAUACCAAAUAUAUUAUGGAACACACUCACACCAGUUCAUACAACAAUGUUCAAAGUCUUUGUCAAUUGAUCCAAUUACAACAAGAAGAACCCAAAGUGUUAUCUCGACAAUCUCGAUUGGAUGCUCAAUGGUUGGCGAUCUCUUGCUGUCUUCAAGAUGCACAUCAUCUUCUCUUAGCUUUGGCACAAUGGCGGGAUCUUCAUGCUUUAUUGGACAAGGUUGAAUCUACGUUAUGUCAAGAAUCACAUCAUUAUAUUGAUCUCUCAACCAUGAUGAUCAAAACGGAUUUGGAAGUUUGCUUAGGUGUCUUACCACGGCUAUGUCAAGAUACUUGUAUUACUUUGGAUACUGUGAAUGGAAUGGUGCCCCCUUCUUCGCGUACGCUGGAUGAUGUUGACAGUGAUCGUGGUGCUAUGAUUCCUUUACAUGAUGAACACAACAGAAGCGUCUUUACAAGUCGAUUUAAUCAGAUAUCUUCCUUGGUGUAUAGCUUACAAGCAUCCCUGUUACAACGUAUUGAUCAAGAAUCUGUGGAACAACGUGAUUGUAUUCUGAAGCAGCUAGCUGAUGUUCUUGCGAUGAACUUUUUUGAUGAUGAUGAUGAUGAAAAAGAUGGUAUGAUCUUGAUGAAACAAUGGGAUUCAAUGAAAGACAAGAUGCUUGAUUGUAUAUCGAAACAUGAACUUAUGAAACAAUCUAUGAAACUUUUGCUUUCUCUUCCAAGUUCUAAUGGUGAUGAUGAUACUUGUCGACAAUCGAUGGAUGAAUAUUCACUUGCUCUAAACACUCAACAACAUCUGUAUGAUACUAUGAUGAUCAAGACUGUGGAAUGUGGACAGCAUGCUUCCAAACUCCUGUCACGUAUGGAUAUGACUCGCAAAGAAUUGAAUCAGUUUAUUCAACAGACAACACAAGGUACUAUUGAUGGUGAUGAUGAUUGGCGUUUGGAUCUGCGUGUAUGGGAGCAUCGACUGGCUCAUUUUGAAAAUACUGAAAUGCAAGAUUUCCUCGGCAAGGUGACACAUUGGGUAUUAUUGGCGACCACAGAUGGCAUGAAGAUUGACAAAGAGAUCGUGAAGUCUCAUGGUCAGCAUAUGCAGCAAGAAAUAGAGCGAUUGGUGCAAGGAGUACAAGCAAGUUGGCAAGAACUGAAGACUCAAUUAGCUGAUGGAACGAUGGCAGUGACAAGUGCCCAGUUAGGACGAUAUGCUGAACAACAAUGGCAUGAACUUUCAAACAUGGUAGAUGAUGCUUGUGAUAGAGCUACAGUGGUGGUGGCUAGCUUUUAUCAAGAUGGCAAUAGUACUGUUCAUAGUGGUGAUGAUGAUGACAAGGACAGUGUGUUUUCAUCCUGUGGAUCUGGCAUUAUCAGUGGUGGUAGUGAUGAUGAAGAAAUGAUGCGUAUGAUGGGACAAGAACAAGAACUGGUUUUAGCCGAACAAGCACUGACGAUCUUGGAACAUGAAAUGCGACCCUUAUUGAAAACAAAAAAGGCGGCUUUGAAGGUAACAGUGGAUGGAUUAGUAGCUUGCUCAACGACCUGGAUUGAUCAUACUGAUGUGGACAACGUUCUGGAUAAAUGGGAACAUACAAUACAACAACACAAACAACAUCUUCGUUAUGGUGUAACUAUGUGUCAAUAUUGGGUGGCAGCGGCGGAAGUACAUGGUUACUUGUCAGCAAUGGAUCAAAUCAUUAGUAAAAACAAUCCGGAGCUACUUGGUACUUCUACACGUAGCGUGGAUGGACAUGCGAUUAUGGCGGAAUUGGAAACAAGAUACAAAGUUUACAGUGAUGCUUUGGAUAUCAGUAUGGAAAAAGCAAGACAAGCGGCAUUAUUGGUGGAAGGCAAUGGACAAACUGAUUUUGCAUUGAUGAUGGCUAAGAAAAGCAAGUUGGAACAACGAUUUCAUGAUCGAAUGAAAGAUUGGCUUCAAUGGAUUGGAUUGACAAAUGGAAAUAGCAGUAGUGGUAGUAAUAGCAGUGGUGGUGGAAAUCAACAUAGAUUAUCAGGAUUACGAAGUCGAAAAAUCUCAUUACCAACCAAAAUGCCUUCUCCACCUUUGACAGCAACCAAUUCUACUCGACGACGUGUAUCUUCCUCUAUAUCAUCAAGUUCUUCACCUUUAUUACAUGCACCACGCAAUAUCAUGGGACGUAAAUCUUCUUUCACCACUGCCACGAGACCUCCUCCACCCAAUUCUUAUGUGGCUGAUCCCAAGAACGAUCUGGAUAUGGAAAUUGGACGUAUUGUGAACAAGGUGCCAUAUAAGGUUGAAUUACAAAUGGUACCUGGUGAAGCUGGCCGUUAUCGAUUUGGAGACAAGGUGGUUUAUUGUCGUAUUUUGAAAAGUCGAAUGGUGAUGGUCAGAGUGGGUGGUGGAUGGACGGAAUUAUCACAAUUCUUACGAGAUCAUGCUUUAUUGGUGGGAAAUGGAACUGGAUUUGUUAUGAGAAAAUCAUCAUUAGAUAACUGUCAAGAAGCUUUCUUGGAAACAAAACGAGCUACAUCACCUACGUCAGGUCGUCCAUUACCAAGAAUGUCUCAAUCAACAUCUACUUCAUCUAUUACUGGAAACGCUGGUUAUAAAGAUGGAGAUCGAUAUAUUGCUGUGGAUUUACAAGGUCAUCAACAUGAAAUGAAAAUGACUCCUCAUGAUAGUAAUAGUAGUAGACGUCCUUGGUGA